AUGAAGUCCGUCAAAGAUCCGAAUUUGGUCGAGAUUCCAAAGCCCAAAGGCCUGCCGGUGAUUGGCAAUCUACACAAUAUUGAUCUCGAUUCGCCGCUAUUCUCAUUAAUAGAGCUGAUUGAGCCAUUGGGGCCCAUCUGCCAGCUCACAUUCGGCAGCGAGCUCAACAUCUUUGUGUCGAGCAUUGAGCUAUUGAAUGAGCUUUGCGACGAGUCAAGGUUCCACAAAAUCGUAACAGCAGAGCUUGAGAAGCUGCGUUAUGUCGUCCACGACGCGCUGUUCACCGCGAGGAACGAGGAGCGCAAUUGGGAAAUCGCUCACAGGAUCCUGAUGCCAGUUUUCGGCACGAUUAAGAUUCGUGAAAUGUUUCCGGAAAUGAAAGAUCUCGCUCAGCAGCUGUGCUUGAAAUGGGCUCGCUAUGGCGAAGAGUACGUGAUUGAUGUUACAGCCGACUUCACUCGACUCACCCUGGAUACGCUUGCGCUGUGCACCAUGGGCUUCAGAUUCAAUAGUUUCCACAACGGAUCAGUCCUGCACCCCUUUGUCGACAGCAUGGUGAGAACGUUGAAAGAAGCCAGUGUUCAAGCGGCUUUGCCAGGCUUUAUCCAAUCCUUCCGAAAGAGGUCCUGGCGCCGGUACGAGAAAGACACAGCCUUUAUGAGAAAACUAUGUCAAGACAUCAUUGAUAAACGAAAGGGCAAGACGGACCCAGACUCCCACGAUCUGUUGGCAGCGCUCCUGGGGGGUCGUGAUCCCAAGACUGGCGAGGGCCUGUCCGACGAUUCCAUCAUUGACAACAUGCUCACGUUUCUUAUUGCUGGCCAUGAGACUACUUCGGGACUCCUAUCGUUUGCCUUGUACUACUUGCUGGCAAAUCCACAGACGAUGGAAAAGGCACGCCAAGAGGUUGACGAAGUCAGCCAAGGCUCCCCAAUUGCGGUCGAGCAUCUUUCCAAACUGCCCUACCUCAAUGCCGUUCUCAAGGAGACGCUCCGUCUUCAGCCCACAGCUCCUGGCUUCAUCUUGGCCGCAGACAAAGACGAGAUCAUUGGCGGCAAGUAUCUCAUCCCAGCGAAUGUCCCCAUCGGGGUUCUGCUUCACAUGGUCCAUCAAGACAAGGCCGUUUACGGCGAGGACGUCGCCGAGUUUAAGCCGGAGAGAAUGCUGGACGAAAACUUCAAUAAGCUGCCGCCCAAUUCCUGGAAACCAUUCGGCAAUGGGAUGAGAGGAUGCAUAGGUAGAGCCUUUGCUACCCAAGAGGCGCUUUUGAUUGUGGCGAUGCUGUUGCAAAACUUCACGUUUGAGAUGGCGGAUCCUGGAUAUAAGCUUAAAGUUAAAGAAACUCUGACAGUCAAGCCAGAUAACUUUCGGAUGAGGGCCAAGCUCAGGCGUGGCGGCACUGCCACGGAAUUUCAGCGUGAAUUACAGUCAGUGGGUUCAGUCACCGCCAAGACGAGCUCUACUCCCUCCGUUGUCUCAGCACAGGCCGCUGGAGGUGACAAGAAGCCGCUUACGAUUCUCUAUGGAUCCAACAGUGGCACAUGUGAGGCUUUGGCAUACAGGCUAGCAUCUGACGCCACUCUCCACGGAUUCCAUGCUCGGAAGAUUGCGCCCUUGAACGCAGCCCGUGACAGCCUCCCCAAAUCAGAACCAGUCAUCAUUCUUGCCGCGUCCUAUGAUGGUUUGCCGUCGGACAAUGCCGAAGAAUUCUUUGACUGGCUAAACACAGCUGAGAAGGACUCUUUGAAAGGAGUUUCGUACGCGGUCUUUGGUUGUGGACAUCGAGACUGGGUUGCAACAUUUCAACGAAUCCCUAUCCUCAUCGACGAUCUUCUGCAAAAGGCCGGUGCCGAACGAUUUGCAACUAGAGGUCUUGCAGACUCAGCGGUGAUGGAUCUCUUUGUUGAACUCGAAAAAUGGACCACUGACUCCGUUUGGCCAGCUAUUUCCCAGAAAGAUGGAAAAGCGGACAACGAUGGAGAAGGCCAAUUGAUCAACUCGCUGCUCAAAGUCGAGUUUUCUGAGCCGCGCCAGCUACAACAAUAUUCCCAGCUUGUAGAGGCAACGGUGAUGGAAUCACGGAGCCUGACAACACCCUCUGCUAUUGGCCAGAAGGUGCACAUCGAUAUACAGCUCCCUUUAGGGGUGUCGUAUCAUCCUGGCGACCAUCUUCUUGUGCUGCCUGUAAAUCCAAUGAGGAACGUCAAGCGUGUUCUAUCACGCUUUCACUUGACGUGGGACACUAUUGUGCGAGCAUCUGGAAAUGACUCUGUUCGCAUACCGGUCGAGACGGCCAUGACAGUGCACGAGCUGCUGAGUUCUUACUUUGAGCUGGCUCAGCCGGCGACACCGAGGGAUAUUCGAGUCCUUGCGGCUGCGGCUGAGGACGAAGCGACCAAGACGCUCCUCAACAAUCUUGCAAACACCUCCUACCUUGAGGAUAUUCAAGAAAAGAAAACCUCGCUGCUCGAUCUACUGGAAAAGUUUCCAGAGAUUCCCAUCGGCUUUGGAACCUAUUUGACCCUUUUGCCAUCCCUUCGACUACGUACAUACUCUAUUUCGUCCUCACCAUCCUGGAACUCGAGUCGUGCCACCUUGACUCUCUCAGUACUGGAUGAACCAGGGACCACAGAUGGCUCUGAGCGUUUUCUCGGUGUGGCCUCGAAUCAUCUUGCCGGUUUAACGCCAGGCGAUCUGAUUCACGUGGCCACACGCCCAGUCAAAGGCAUUUUCCAGAUGCCCACCGACUUAUCCAAAGCACCAACCAUCAUGAUUGCAGCAGGGACCGGUCUUGCACCGUUUAGGGGAUUCAUCCAAGAGCGAGCUUACCAGCAGCAAAACGGAGUCCAACUUGCACCAGCCGCUUUGUUUUUCGGAUGUAGAUCGUCACAUGAUGAUUUGUAUCGCGACGAGCUUGAUGCUUUUGAAUCGUCAGGCGUCGUUCGCGUGUUCCGCGCCUACAGCAGAGAAGACGUGGGCUCCAAGCCCAACACCAGGAGAGGAUACGUCCAGGAUAGCAUGCAGGCGGAAAAGGAUGCGUUUGUUCAGUUGUGGAAUGCUGGAGCAAAGAUUUAUGUGUGUGGAAGUGUGAGAAUGGCCUCGCAGGUAAAGGAUUUGGUAGCGAAUCUGGUGUACACAGCUGGACCGAUGGAGGCUGAAAGGGAAUUCACGCCGCAGGAGUGGUUCAAGCGCUUUGAGAAGACGCGGUAUGCCGCUGAGAUUUUCACCUAG